GAAAAUAAUUGGAUCGCCGAUAGGGAUGUACAGGGGCGGGUUCCGCGUCGGCCGCCGCCUCGUGCGGAUUUGGCGCCGCCUCUUCCCCCGCCGCAACGGGCACGACAGCCUCAGUUCCGGCCGCCGGCGCUCGCGGGUCAGCCAAGCCUCGGCGGCCGCGGCGAGGAGGAUGUGCGAGUGGGCCCGCGGCAUCUCGCGCCGCCUGCGCGGCCACCCAACAGUCGGGGAGCGCGCGCCGCUCCUCGAGGAGGAGUGGAGGGCGCCGCCGAAGGGGCACCUGGCCGUGUACGUGGCGGAGAAGGAGGGGGAGCGGGCGAGGCGGUAUGUCGUGCCGGCCGUCUAUUUCAACCACCCCCUGUUCAGGGAGCUGCUGCGGGAGGCGGAGGAGGAGUUCGGCUUCCACCACUCCGGCGCCAUCACCUUCCCCUGCCAGGCCGCCAAGUUCGAGAGCGUCAGCAGCAGGAUCGCCGCCGGCGACCGCCGGAAAACUAGCAUAAUUAAUUAAAUAGUGAAUUUUAUUUUCUCUGUACAACUUUUAAUAAAAAAAAAAGGCCAGAGAGUGAACUGUUACAAACCAAAUCCUUAACAUCAUUAAUUUUCUAACUU